AGCGGAGGGAGAAGAGAUUCAGAUGUUCAGACCAGCCUAGGGAUUCCAUCCGGGGAAGACGAGGGGUUUGGUGAUGAUAGCAGUCACACAACAGAAGAAGGAUAUGCGAGUGAGCCGCGGCGGAGCGAGAGUGUUCGUGGCGGACUUGCCGGUGUUGUUGGGAGGGUCGUCAGUCGCGCGUCAACGAAGAGCUGGAACCCCGGACCGCCGCCUGAUGGGGGCUUGAAAGCAUGGACGGCUGUUGCCUGCUCUCACCUCGUCGUCAUGACUUCUUGGGGUUACAUCAAUUCAUUUGGAUUGUUCGAGACCUACUACUCCACCACCCUCGGCCUCCCUCCAUCUACCAUUGCGUGGAUCGGCUCCAUGCAAGUGUUCCUCCUCUUCUUCAUCGGCACCUUCACCGGCCGGCUUACCGACGCUGGCUUCUUCCGCCCCGUCUUCGCCGUCGGCACAUGUUUCACGAUGUUGGGUAUCUUCACCACUUCGGUGUGCACAUCGUACUGGCAGCUCUUCCUCUCGCAGGGCGUGUGUAUGGGGGUUGGGAACGGCUGUCUGUUUUGCCCAGCCCUCGCUACCGUGUCGACAUAUUUCCACAAGAGGCGCAGCAUUGCGCUCGGCAUUACAGCGUGCGGGAGCGCCACGGGUGGGCUCAUCUUCCCUGCCAUGGCGAGGCAGCUUCUGCCGACUGUUGGGUUUGGGUGGACCAUCAGGGCCAUUGGGUUUGUGCAGCUGUUUGGACUGGUACUUGCAAGUCUCGGGCUGAAGACCAGGGUUCCUCCGAGGAAGUCUGGAGCGCUGGUCGAGUGGGCUGCGUUUAGAGAGCCGGAAUACAGUUUCUAUGCAGCGGGAACUUUCUCAUGCUUCUUGGGAGUCUAUAUUGCCUUCUACUACAUCGCCUCCUUCUCCCGAGAUAUCAUCGGCCUCGCCUACUCCGACUCCCUCAACCUUCUACUCUUAUUGAACGGCGUCGGUAUCCUCGGCCGUCUCGCUCCUAACUACAUCGCCGACAGAUACGGGGCCAUCAAUGUCUUUGUCCCAACAGCCAUCAUCGCCAGUGCCUGCAGCCUCGCCUGGAUCGCUGUCGACAAUCCCACGGGCCUCUACGUCUGGACCGUUUUCUACGGGAUCGCGUGCGGCGGAAUCCAGUCACUGUUUCCUGCGGGCCUGACCAGCCUGACCACGGACCUGCGCAAGGCCGGCACGCGGAUGGGCAUGGUGUUUACAAUCAACAGUUUCGCCACGCUCAUCGGCCCUCCGAUCGAUGGGGCGCUGAUUAGUGCUUGUGGAGGGAGGUAUUAUGGCGCGCAGGCGUUUGCUGGGACCGCAUUACUGGUUGGGGCGGGUUUUUUGACGUGUGCGAGGUUGGCGAGGACGAGGAGGGUUGGUGGUGGUUGGAAAGUGAAAGUUUGAGUAUACAAAGAGAGGGAUGCUUCAUGAUAGUAGCAUCGGGACUUGGGCUACAGGUUGUACACUACCAUCAUCGUCGAGGGAACAUAAAAGAAUGCGGUGGCUUUAAUUGGUGCAUACGUCUUGUGGACGAUCCAGACGUCUUACUUUAGUCGACUGAGAACCUCAAAAUUGAGCAGAAGAGGCCACGAUUUGUGUAUAUAACACAAGGAUGAUGAGAUGGCAGACUGCAGUGUCUGGAGGGUCAUCUUUUAUAUAAUGCAUACAGCGGGCAAUUAUUCCAUGUUCUUCAUGAU